AUGCCUAGUAAGCAGUCCGGUGGAUACUUGAACGCAUGGUAUUCAUUUAAUUAUGGUUUUGUUCAUGUGGUUUCACUCUCAUGCGAAUCAGAUUUUCCAAAUGCUCCUUCUGGUAAUCUUCUUGACACUAAAACUCAAGUGAAUUGGCUAAAAAAUGAUUUAGCUGCUGUGAAUCGUUCCAUCACUCCGUGGGUCAUUGUUCAAUGUCAUCGACCAUGGAAAGGAUCCAUAGCAAUUGAAGGUCUAUCGGAUGGUAAAUUCAUCAACUGUCCCCAAUGUAAGGCAGCUUUUGAGGCUAUUUUGAUCAAAUACAAAGUGGAUAUCUACUUUGCUGGCCAUAUGCACUGGUAUGAACGCAUUUGUCCAAAUGGUGGAAAGAAGACAGCUGACUAUAUCAAUCCAAAUGGUCCCAUCUAUAUCACUAAUGGUGCUAUUGGCAAUCCCGAAGGCAACGACCAUGUUUUCAAGAGAUCAAGCGACUCUUGUCGUAUUAUUACUGAUCCCGGCUUUGGUGUUCUUACACUUGUGAAUGCUCGUCAAGCCACAUUUAGUUUUUAUCGAACUUCGGAUUUAGUGGAACUUGAUCGAAUCAAUAUCAUCAAAGCUCGUUGA